AUCUCAGGCGCACUACAAGCACUCUCUUACGUCGACAUCCACCAAGGAGAGAGCCGAUACAACAACACGGUUGAUCUGCUCAAACACAAAAAUCUACCUGCUCUCUGAAUCAUGUCGUUGAGCCCAAAGCACACUACGCCUUUUUCAGUGACAGACAUUUUGAGUCCAAUCGAGGAGACCUACAAGAAGUUUGGAGGCAUGGACGGCGCAGGGAACCUAACCUCUCCACUGGGAGCCUACCGGCAGCCUCAGGUGUCUCAGACCGGCAUGCAACAGCACUCCAUGGGCCACAACGGCACCGUGGCCACCACCUAUCACAUGCCGCACAGCGUCUCCCAGUUCUCCCACAGCGCAAUGGGGGGAUACUGCAAUGGGAGCAUUGGCAACAUGGGAGACCUCCCGUCGUACCAGGAAAGCAUGCGGAAUAGCGCAGCAGCCACAGGCUGGUACAGCGCCAACCCCGAUCCCAGAUACUCCACAAUUUCUAGAUUCAUGGGACCUUCCACAGGUAUGAACAUGGCUGGCAUGGGGGGUCUCACAGGAAUGGCUGACGCCAGCAAAGCCAUGCCAGCUCUGCACGCGGCGCCCAGGAGGAAACGGCGCGUCCUCUUCUCGCAAGCGCAGGUCUACGAGCUGGAGAGGAGGUUUAAGCAGCAGAAAUACCUGUCGGCGCCGGAACGGGAGCACCUGGCGAGCAUGAUCCACUUGACGCCGACCCAAGUGAAAAUAUGGUUCCAGAACCACCGGUACAAGAUGAAGCGCCAGGCCAAGGACAAGGCGGCGCAGCAGCUGCAGCAGCAGGCGCAACAGGACGGCAACCUGUGCCAGCAGCAGCAGGCUCAGCAGCAGCAGGCGCAGUCCCCGAGGCGCGUGGCCGUGCCAGUGCUGGUGAAGGACGGCAAACCGUGUCAGAACGGCUCCAACACGCCGACGCAGAACCAGCAGCAGAACCAGCAGCAGCAGCAGAACCAGCAGCAGCAGCAGAACGGAGCCGGGGUGGUGCUGGCCGGGUCUGCGGGCGGCCUGGGUCAGCAGCACCAGGGCCAGCAGCAGCACCAGGGCCAGCAGGUGAACGCUUUGGAGCUGGAGGAGAUGUCACCGAGCCCCCCCUCACUGCACAGCCAGCUCAACAUGGCCCAGAUAGACACAUCAGCUGUAGAUUACACCAAUAACAUGGUCAGCUCAAACCUUCUCUACGGCAGAACGUGUUUUCUCCCAGCUCACCGUUGCCACGGUAAUGGCCAGCUGCCAGUCUGCGGAUUACCGCUCAAUAGGGCCAGCACUGGAGAGCGGCUCAGUGAAGCACAUCCAAUCAAAGAGCAUCCAAAUCCCUUUGUGGGGGUGGUGAGGGGACAAGUGAAUGAAGGGGGAGAGAGUGAGAGGGAGGGGGUGAGUUUGGGCGGCCAGCCCCUCCUCGGGCUGCUGUCCUGUCUGUGCAGCUAG